AAAAUCGCGGAGAUGGAUGUGAAGCUUUACGCAGUCCAAGAGUAGAACCGCGCGGAAUUUGUUUUUGCGCAUCGCUCACACUCCCGUGUUCUUCCAUCAUGUUCCACAAACUGACGGAUCCGUCAGUGAACGGCAGCUGCCACGGAGCCACCGCGUCCGCGUGCAACACGAGCGCGGACGGAGACACGCUCCAGCUGCCCACUUUCUCCACCGCGGCCAAAGUGCGCGUCAUCAUCACCUUCAGCCUGUGCGCCGUGUCCGCCGUCUGCAACCUGGCGGUGCUGUGGGCGGCCAGCAACGGCGGCAAGCGCAAGUCCCACGUGCGGAUCCUCAUCAUGAACCUGACAGUGGCGGACCUGCUGGUCACCUUCAUCGUGAUGCCCGUGGACGCCGUGUGGAACAUCACGGUGCAGUGGCAGGCGGGCGACGUCGCGUGCCGCCUGCUGAUGUUCAUGAAGCUGGUGGCGAUGUACUCGUGCGCGUUCAUGACCGUGGUCAUCAGCCUGGACCGACAGUCCGCCAUCCUCAACCCUCUGGGCAUCAGCGAGGCCAAGAGGAGGAGCAAAAUCAUGCUGAGCGUGGCGUGGACCAUGAGUGUGAUCCUGGCUCUGCCUCAGAUGUUCCUAUUUCACAAUGUGACCAUCACAGUCCCAGAGAACUUCACCCAGUGCACCACCUAUGGCAGUUUUGUGCAGCACUGGCAGGAGACCCUCUACAACAUGUUCACAUUUGUGUGCCUCUUCCUCCUGCCUCUGGUGAUCAUGAUCUUCUGCUACACUCGCAUCCUCAUCGAGAUAUCAAGCCGCAUGGCUCGGAGCAACCUUGUGUCCAGGGACGUUCAUCUCCGCCGCUCACACAACAACAUCCCCAAAGCUCGGAUGAGGACUCUGAAGAUGAGCAUCGUCAUUGUGACCUCAUUCAUCAUCUGCUGGACGCCGUACUACCUGCUGGGCCUGUGGUACUGGCUGUUUCCCGAGAAAAUGGAGGAGACGGUUUCCCAUUCACUGACUCACAUGCUGUUCAUCUUUGGCCUGUUUAACGCCUGCCUAGACCCCAUCAUUUAUGGCUUGUUUACCAUUCAUCUAAACCAACGUCUUAGGAGAUGCUGCCGGAAUUCAAACACACCAACAGAAAUAGAAAACAACACUUGCCUUUUGCACAUGACACACCUGUCAUGUCACAGGCAAAACGCCCCAGGUGUCAACAGUGCAGACAUCGAGGAGGGACAUAACACAAACGCCUUGAAACAUUGCUCAAGGCCAGUUAUCCCAGUGAGCAAAAUAACAUAACUUUAAUUAUUUAUUUCUUUUAUUUAUUAGCAAUGAAUACUGCAUUGUUUCUGCUCUGAAAUCCUUCACAUUCGCAAGAAAAUGAUGCCGCUUGUCAGAUGAAUUUGCUUAUUUUUGUUUGCACUGAUACUGCAUCCCAGUGCUAUUUUAAAGGUCCACUGUGUAAAAUCGAGGUCAAACGAUGUUCAUGUGGAAAGUAAUUGAAGAAAAAUAUAUAAUCUCUAUUUUUAUAAGGGCACAAUCACCUGAUUGUAUAAAUAUUUGUUCUCCUUCACACUUGGAAGUGGGAAAUGAGGGCUUUCUCGCUGCAAUGUUGGCAGAUUUUACACACUGUACCUUUAUGCCCAUGCUUAUCCUCCACAUUAUUUAUCACCUUGGAUGCCACUGUGAGAUUUUGACAGAAACGCGUAAGGAUGAUAUGUGCAGUUGCAGAAUGUUCAAAGUCAGCGUAGUGUGACACUACUCGUCAUAUACACACACACGUUUGCGCAGAAUCCUAAUCCUAUCCUAAC